GUGCCGCCACACGAAAGGCCCGCCCCUUAAACUACACUGAGUUGCAUGGUGGCCUCUUAAAAAGAAAGAAUAGUGCUGGGAAAACUGCAGAGCUACCAAGUCGGCCUCUUAAGAAAAAGCGAGAUGAUGCCGUCAUUACUCCGCGCCGGAAGCUGUUUCUCCUUGGAGACGGGACGCGAGAAGGCGGUUUCUGAAGAUCUUGUCGGGGUCUGGGAGAGGCUGCCUUGGAUCCGUGAUAUUCAGUGCUUCGCUUCGGGAGAAGGGUUGAGGGGGCUUGGCCUACGAGGGAGAGGGGCAAUGGCCCUGUAAAUGGAGAAGGGAGAAGCAGAGGGGAGCGGCUGCUGAGUCUUUAUCUUCAUAACAAACCUUCCCGUCGUUUCUAGCAUCUCUGGGGCGGGCGUGACCAUCGCGCUGUAUGUUGGAUUACUUAUUUGGUAUUACAGGAUCUGGCAUUCCUUGUUACGCUCGCCUGGAGAGCCUAGCCGUCGUCCUACUUUAUCUCCCGGACUUCUACGUAUAAGUAUGGAUGCAGGUCCCGAUUCUUCUACUGAGCACCAAGGCUCUGACAAUGACUCCGACACAGAGAGCAAAGCAGAUCCGGAUACCCAGGCUCAGGAGUACAUUGAACGUGUUCUUGGGUCUUCAAGCCAGUCUAUUCAGGCAUCCCAUUGCCUUCCUCCUGAAUCUCUCUCAGUAGGUGGUAGAGCCCGAGCAACUGAUCACAGGUCUCCUCCUCUGGAACUAAAAAAGUCUCCAAUUAUUGAUGACAUAGCUUCAGGGCUGUUAUCUCUGCCUCUGGAGCUGAUUUUGGAGAUCUGUUCCUACCUGCAGGCCAGAUUUGUCUUGGGUGUCCUUCCUUUGGUCUGCAAAACGCUGAGAGAUAUUGUGCAGGAUGAAGUUACUUGGAGAAUUCGUCUGCUGAAGAGGAUUGGGGGCAGCUAUCCAGUUGUGGAAGCAGAUGAUGACCUUAACUGGCCAGCUGCCUGCAUUGAACUAGAGGAGCAUAUCCAACAAUGGGCAGGAAAUGGCAGGAACACAGAGCACUUUUCCCUUGCUGAAGGACACUUUGCCUCAGUUGACUCUGUGCUGCUGCUUCAGGGUGGGGAGCUCUGUGUUUCAGGUUCUCGGGACCGAAAUGUCAACUUGUGGGACCUGAGGCAUCUGGGCAGAGCACCAGAAAAAGUGCUAGUGAAGGCACUGGGGACAGAGCGCAAUGGCACGCAUAAGGGUUGGGUAUGGUCACUAGCUGCAAGAGACAACUGUGUAUGCUCAGGCUCCUGGGAUAGCUCAGUGAAGCUGUGGGACAUAGCUGCUGAAGGACAACAGUUUGGAGAAAUCAGAGGGAAGGCAGCUGUGUUGUGUCUUUCGUAUCUGCCGGACAUCCUGGUCACGGGAACCUAUGACAAGAAGGUGACAGUGUAUGACCCACGAGCUGCUCUAGCCCUAGUGAAGAGCCGCAAGAUUCAUUCCAGUGCAGUCCUAUCACUUGCAGCUGACGAGCGCUUCAUUAUCUCUGGCAGUGAGGACCGAACACUGGUGUGUUUUGACAGGCGGGCCAAUAGUGUCCUCCAGAGGCUACAGCUGGACUCCUACCUCCUCUCCAUGUCAUACCGUGGUGCUCAACUAUGGGCUGGAGACAACCGUGGGCUGCUGUAUGUCUUUGAGAACAGAGGAGGGUGCUUCCAGCACAUCCGGUAUUUUGAUGUUGGUCACCGCUCCCAGAUCACAGGAAUCCAACACUCACUGGGUGCACUGUAUACAACUUCCACUGACAAAACACUGCGUAUCCAUGUUCCCACAGAUCCGCCAAAGGUCAUCUGUUCAUGGACACACAGCUGUGUACUAAAUGGGAUCAGCGUUGAAGGCAACAUGGCAGUUGCUGCUUCUGGUGGUCUCUCUUUAGAGGUCUGGAAGCUCAGUGUGUGACGACGAGUCACCUAGUGAGCCACACUUGCACAAACACAGGGGUGUCAAGCCUAGUGUCUCAGACAACCUGCCGUCCCGAGUCCCGGUGUCUGUUGAGUUGUUGGGGUUUUUUUGUUUUGUAUGCUCUUUGGAGCUGUGAGGUCAGGGGUUGAAGUUCAGCCUGAGUUUGUCCCACAGAGGUUGUAACUGAGAGCCAUGGUCAGAAAUAAGUGUAUGGCUACAAGUCCAUGCCCCCUCCCUGCCAGCUGCCUACUCUUAUUUCUCUUGCACAUAUGUGCAUGUACACAUGCUCCUCAUCCUCUGAGCUCUUGGACCGUCACUGUUAAGUCUGCCGCAAUCAGCACUGGGAGCAACAUCUGUUGAGUGGCAUGGUCAGGGAGGAGAACUAGUUGGCCUUUCGGAGGAAUGGAUAUGAUGGUUUAGGCACAGUUCUAUGCCUGCGGAAUGUCAGUUUGAGGAAGAGGAGUUGUGAGAACAGGGGAGGGUGGAGCUUACAAUCAGAUAAAAAGGACCCUCUAGUUACUCAGUUCUGAUCCAUGUUUACAAUUUUUAAUUAAAGGUGUACUGCCACAAUGGCUGAUCAGGAGCAAUGGUACCUUGUUUUGUUUCUCAUGGCACGUAGCAUGUCUUUUAAAGCACAACACCUUGAGGGCAAGAAACAGCCAAACAGAAACCUAUGAAUGACUUUAAUGGUACAAUAGUUAUGUCAAUUAUAAGAUGUGAAAAGGUCAACCCCAAUGGGCUUUCACACUAAGGCUGCAUUUCUCAGCCACUUAUUUGGAUGUAAAAUACUUUGAAAUGUGUGGAAUGUCAUUCAUAAUAUGUUUAGAUUGGACCCAGAUGGACCGCAUAACAGUAGACUGCUGGAUUUAUCUACUUCAGUUUGUUUCAUUUUCUAGCCCAAGAGCUUGGGGUUAGGAACCUGGGCGGCUAGGAUUGUUUAUGAUAAUUCAAGACAAAAGCAGAUCAUAUGCCAAAAUCCUUUUCUGUUACCUUUUUAAAUUCUGAUCCAUUUUACAGUUUGUUUAAAAAUCUUCUGCCACAACUUUACCCCGCUUCACUCCCCUUUGGCCUGCAGUAGCUGCCUUUUAUUCCAUCUUCACACAUCACCUCCUCAUCUGCCCAAUGGCCUUUGAUUCCUUUUGACCCGUUCUUAUUUGCACAGCAAAAUGUCACCUGCUGGCAUGAAAAUAGUAUCUGCUAUGAACUGGAGAGAACAGAUGCCUAAUACUGGGGCUGAUGUCCUUCAUGCAAUAGUUGUUUUCAGCCUUUUCCAAUCCGGGACCAACCUUUAAUCCAAACAUGCCUUUGGGGACCCAUUUCUUAAUUUUUUUUAACCAUAUGUUUGUAUAGUGUGGUAUCAUAAAUCCCCACACAGCCAUGAAGCUCACUGGGUGGCCUUGGGCCAGUCACUGCCUCUCAGCCUCAGAGGAAGGCAAAGGUACACCCCCUCUGAAUACCGCUUACCAUGAAAACCCUAUUUGUAGGGUCACCAUAAGUCGGAAUCGACUUGAAGGCAGUCCAAGGUGAAAUCGUGACCCAGUUUAGAUGACGCUGUGACCCAGUAGAAGUCCAGCACCUAGACAACCUGCUCAUGGGUGAAGAGAGAAGCAAAUUUAAAGGUAUUAAGUGAUGCAGGAAUUUGGAUGAAGGGACAAUUACAGUAGGGCCCCACUCAUACGGCGGGUUACGUUCCAGACCCCUGCUGAAAAGUGAAAAGCGCGAAAAGCGCUCCUCAUUUAAUAGAAUGGCACACGAUGCCUGAAAACCGCCGUAAAAGCAGAACAAGUGCAGUAUGAGUAGGGGUUUAGUCUAAUCGCGUCUAAUUGAGACCACCGCAUUAGUGAAGGACCGUAAAGUGGGGCCCUACUGUACCUACUCUCUAGAGUUAGACCAGUGCUGGCUUCAGGUUUUGGGACCUUAUGGCAGGAUGCCCAUAGAGGAUUUCCUUUUGCUGCUAUGGCUCCUCUGCCUUCACAGCUCACUUGUCCCCUCUAGGCCAGUGAGAGAGAAAGUUGAUGAGUAAAGGAGCAGCAGUGGUAGAGCAGAAGGGGUCUCCCGUGGCUGGUGGGCCCCUGCUGGGAUGUGGACCUAAGCACAAGCCCGGCCAGCAGCCCUGCCCUGGAGUCCUUACUACCAUCUGCCAAGUUCACUGCACUCUUCCGUGCUUUUUUCCUCCUGUGAGGAAUGGAAGCAAUGUGUGCUCAUUGCCUCCCACUUUCCCCUGCUUACCUGACUAUCGGGAGGCACCAAAGCUCUCUUAGAGCAACAGUGUGGAAAGCAGGAGUCCUACCACUGUGUCUGUCUGCUGUGUGCAGGAAGCACUUUGAAAUGGAUUGAAUGCCUCUAGCUUGCACCUAGGCCUACUUCCUUGUGUCCUAGCCUGCCUUAUUUUUUCCUCUCAUUGAAAUGAGACACUGAAAUAGCAACAGGCAGUUUGGGUUUUCAAAACUAGUAAAGCUGGUUCAAACAAUGUGGCAAAACUUGUGCCAGGAGGCUCCUACCAGGAUGUGAUGCAAGGUACCGGUUGUGUGACCUGUGACUGUGUUGUAGUCUGCUCUCCUUGUAACAAGGGUAGAGUGUUUUUGUUGAAGUACAUGAGAGCCAAUGUGGACUAAUGACUUUAGUAUUGGCGUUAAAUGUGGGCAACCCAGGUAUAGAUCCCUGCUUGCAAAGCAAUGAAGCCCACUAAGUGGUAUGGGGCAAGUAACCAUUUUAAAAAACAACUUUAUUUUAAUAUGUUUAAUUUUAAAAACAGUAGUCUUUUGAAAACAAUGGGAGAACAAUCAAGAAAAGUAUUAGUGAUAAAAGGUAAAGAUAAAGGUAAAAAUAAAAGGUAAGAUUUCUUAUAAAACAGAAACCUGCUGCUGGGUGUGGAAGACUGCCUUGUAACCAUCAAAGAAGCAAUUGUAGAUGAGGAAUAGAAGAUCACUCAGCAAUAUUCUGUUAACAAAUGGUGGUGAAUAAAAACUUAUGCAUUUUUUUGCUGGAAGUCAAAUGAUAGAAAGGGGCCCAAACUUACUUAAAAAUCAAAGUGUGUUAUGUAUUUUGUUAACACCGUCAGGGUGUGAUACUAUUAUAAAAUGGUCUCAAAUUCUCUCAAGCCAUUUCUGAAUGAACAGAAGCAUCUUAAUUCCAACUGGAAUCUCAGCACUGCUAACGGGAUAUAGAGAGACAUUCUAUAUUCAUUCGUGGGACAUUUUUUUUAUCACACUGCAUGUGUUAAUUGACUUACCAAUACCUGGAUAUGUUGUGUUAUCAACACAACUAUGUUUUGUGAAUGACCAUUGUUAAUAAUGUAAUUAUCACAGUUCUUCAUGACCUCACUGUGUGCAGUUCCCUCUACCCUCACCCUCUCUCUGGGUAUACAUACACACCUGCAACUCAGGAUGAAACUUCAUACAUCCAAUGAAAUGGGCUACAGGUGUCACAUUAUUUUGGGUUGCUUUGUUGCAAGAAACUAGUGUGGCCUCUGGAAAUUGCUACCAAAGUGAGAGAUUUCAACUGCCAGAAUUCUCUGUAAUAUUCUGAAGAUACCUGAAGAGAAGGAGUCGGUAUGCAGUAGAAGGAUUCCUGCAUUGAGCAGGAGGUUGGACUUUAUGUCCUUAUAGUCCCCUUCCAACUCUAUGACCCCCUUUAGGAUGCACACCUUAACGUGGUGAGGGGGUUUAAGAGUGUUGAAGAAGCUGAGAGCAAUGCCGUCAGGAGUCUAGACCAAGAGACUAGACCCUAGCAGGGGCACCCACGGCGGAAUGGUCAAAGCUGAGACACCAGACUAAGAUGUAUCCAAACUCAGAGGAAGGCAAUGGUAAACCACCUCUGAAUACCUCUUACCACGAAAAUUUUAUGACCAGAGUAUCCGAAAUGCAAGACGAGAUAGUGCUGGAAGAUGAGACACCCCAGGUCAGAAGGCACUCACCGAGUUACUGGGGAAGAACAAAGGACAAGUACGAGUAGCGCUGUGAUUAAUGACGCAGGUGGGUCAAAGCCGAAAGGAAGCCCAGAGACUGAUGUGCACAGAUGCGAAAGAAGAAUCCGGAGUUGUAUGACGCACACAACAGGAACAUGGAAUGUGAGAAGCGCGAACCAGGGAAAGUUAGAAAUUAUCAAGCAAGAAAUGGAACGUAUCAACAUUACAGUACUUGGCGUGAGUGAAUUAAAAUGGACGGGAAUGGGACAUUUUCAGUCGGGCAACUACAAAAUACUUUAUACAGGAACUGAAAAAUCAAGAAACGGGGUUGCUUUAAUAGUGAGGUGAUGUAGCAAAAGCAAUUAGGAGCUAUAAUUCAAGGUCUGAGCGAGUCAUAUCAAUGAGAUUAAAUGGGAAACCUAUUAACCAUCAUCCAAGUCUACGCUCCAACGUCAAACGCAGAAGAAUUGGAGAGAUUGUAUGCAGAAGUACAGGAGGAAAUUGAUCACACACCAAAACAAGAUAUGAUGAUAAUCAUGGGGGAAUGGAAUACAAAAGUAGGGAACAGAAGAACUAGAAAUUGUGGGGAAAUGGGGCUUAGGAGACAGAAAUGAAGCAGGAGAAAUAGAAUUCUGUGAAGCCAAUAAUUUGUUUCUUGCAAACACAGUUUUUGAGCAACCAAAAAGACAACUGUACACGUGGACAUCACCAGAUGGUCAAUAUAGGAAUCAAAUUGAUUAUAUAAUUGGCAACAGAAGAUGGAGAAGUUCCAUACUUUCUGCAAAAACAAGACCAGGAGCAGACCGCGGUACAGAUCAUGAACUGGUCGUAUCGAAAAUCAGAGUAAAGCUAAAGAAGAAGAACAAAGCAAUCAUAAUGCCAAAAUACAAUUUAAAUAACAUCCCAGAAGAAUAUAAAGAUCAAAUAAGGAACAGAUUUGAGGCUUUAAACUUAGUUGACAGAGAACCAGAAGAACUGCAAAAAGACAAUAUCUCUAGUUAAGGGAAAAAGACCUCAGUGGAUGACUGAAGAAACUCUUAAAAUGGUUAAAGAGAGAAUGAAAGCAAAAGCAAAAGGAGAUAGAAACACGGUCAGAAACCUAAAUGCAACAAUACAGCGACUAGUAUGUAGACAGAAAGAAAACUAUUACAAUAGUUAUUGUAUAGAAAUAGAAGAGGACAACAAAAAGGGAAGAACAAGAGCCCUAUUCCAAAAGAUUAGAGAAAUUAAAGGGAAAUUUAAACCACGAGUAGGGAUGUUGAAUAAUCAACAGGGGAACACACUGACUGACCGAGAUGAAAUAAAAGGAAGAUGGAAGCAAUAGACUGAAGAACUCUAUAAAAGAGAUGCAAGGAUGACAGAUUCAUUCGCGAUGGAACCAUGUGAUGAAGAACCAGAUAUUUUACCAUGUGAGGUAAAAGCAGCUCUUAAAAUACUUGGAAGAAACAAGCCACCAGGAACAUGGCAUACCAAUAGAGUUGCUACAAGCUACUGAGACUGAAUCUGUCCAAAUUUUGACAAAAAAUUGUCAAUAAAUAUGGAAAACUGAACAAUGUCCCACAGUCUGGAAGCGUUCAAUAUAUAUCCCAAUUCCAAAGAAAGGGGAUCCCAGGGAAAACCGUAAUUAUCGAACUAUUGUCUUAAUAUCCUAUGCAAGUAAAGUGAUGCUCAAGAUUCUACAACAAAGGCUCUUACCGUAUAUGGAGCGAGAAAUGCCAGAUGUCCAAACUGGAUUUAGAAAGGGAAGAGGCACCAGAGAUCAUAUCGCAAACAUACGUUGGAUAAUGGAACGGAGCAAGGAAUUUCAGAAGGAAAUCACCCUGUGCUUUAUAGAUUACAGCAUAUGAGAAACUAUGGAAUGCUUUAAAAGAAAUAAGGGUGCCACAGCAUCUGAUUGUCCUGAUGCGCAACUCUGGACAAGAGGCUACUGUAAGGACAGAAUAUGGAGAAACUGAUUGGUUCCCCACUGGAAAGAGUGUGAGACGGGUGUAUUUUAUCACCCUAUUUGUUUAAUCUAUAUGCAGAACAUAUCAUACGGAAAGCAGGAUUGGACCAAGAUGAAGGACGUGUGAAAAUUGGAGGGAGAAAUAUCAAUAAUUUAAGAUAUGCAGACAAUACCAUACUAUUAGCAGAAACCAGUAAUGACUUGAAAAGAACGCUGAUGAAAGUUAAAGAGGAAAGCACAAAAGCAGGACUACAGCUCAACGUCAAAAAGACUAAAGUAAUGAUAACAGCAGAUUUAUGUCACUUUAAGGUUGACAAUGAGGACACUGAACUUGUCAAGAAUUAUCAAUACCUUGGCACAGUCAUUAACCAAAAUGGAGACAAUAGUCAAGAAAUCAGAAGAAGGCUAGGACUGGGGAGGGCAGCUAUGAGAGAACUAGAAAAGGUCCUCAAAUGCAAAGAUGUAUCACUGAACACCAAAGUCAGGAUCAUUCAGACCAUGGUAUUCCCGAUUUCUAUGUAUGGAUGUGAAAGUUGGACAGUAAAAAAGGCGGAUAAGGGAAAAAUCAACUGGUUUGAAAUGUGGUGUUGGAGGAGAGCUUUGCGCAUACCAUGGACUGUGAAAAAGACAAAUAAUUGGGUGUUAAAACAAAUUAAACCAGAACUAUCACUAAAAGCUAAAAUGAUGAAACUGAGGUUAUCAUACAUUGGACACAUCAUGAGAAGACAUGAUUCCCUAGAAAAGACCAUAAUGCUGGGAAAAAGAGAAGGAAGUAGAAAAAGAGGAAGGCCAAAGAAGAGAUGGAUUGAUUCCAUAAAGGAAGCCACAGACCUGAACUUACAAGAUUUUAACAGGGUAGUUCAUGACAGAUGCUCUUGGAGGUCACUGAUGCAUAGGGUCGCCAUGAGUCGUGGUCGACUUGGAGCCACAUAACAACAACAACAACUCUAUGAAGAGCAGUUUGCAUGCAAGCCUGUGAUUGUCACAUGCAAUCUGACACUCAAUUCUAGGGAUCUUGUGAUGUUGAAACCUGGAUGCAGUCCAGAGUUUGACACCCCAAGAGUUAAGACACAAAGGUAAAGCAAAGGAAAUUUAUUAUUUCUAAAAGGGGAAUUGCCUUAUUUCCCAAAAGGGAAUAAGCACAUUUAUUAAAUAUAUUAAACAAAAGCAAUAAACAGCACACUGAUACUAGGCUGAGUUUAAAACCAACGCAAACGUUAUUCUGAAAGCAUGCCUGGUCAGUGGUCAGUGAAAAGAGGAGUGGCGGGCAGGUAUGUUGGAUGAAGGUAGCACCAGAAGGGGAGAGGAAUAAGGGAGGUUUCAGGAGUGAUUUGGUGGAAGGUUUUAAGGCAAGAAUGAGAAGAAAAAAAUUAGAGUUUGGGGGUAUGAUGAAGUAAAGAGCAGGAGAGAAAUUAAGGGGCUUGAAACUGGAAGACGGAAGGGGAAAGAGAAAUUGAGGUUGGCCAGCUGAUGGGCUUGUGAGAGAGUUUAAUACCUUUCCUUAUUUGCAAGGCUGGGGUUUGAUGGUGGAAGUAAGGUUACCUCUUCAGCAACAAAAUUGAUAGCGAGAAGGUGAGGAGCAGGGGAGUGUCCAGGAAAGUUCCUGGGCAGAGAGGUGAGGUCCCUUGAGUAUCCAAAGAUUCCUGUUGCAGAGGUGAAAAGCAUCACCUCUUAUGCUUGAGUUGGGCUUGGAAAUUAACAAAACAAAGACACUAAAUACAUACUGAGGGGCCUACUGCUAUGGCUGACUGGGGUCCAGGUUUUAUGGUGUUUAUCUGUGGGGACCCUGAUCUUCCUAUCUUGGACUUUUCUGCAACCAACUCCUGCACUGGUGCAUUCUUGGAUGCAUGGGACUUGGGGAAUUGUGUAUACAUGUUAUAUCCUAUUGGGAUAUGUUGUAUCUGUUGCCAUUUUUGAAACUUGCAAAUUUUAACAAAAUUGUAAUUGUACUUGUAUUAUUCAUUUAUAAAGUAACCUUGUAGUUAGUUGCUGUAAACCGCCCAGAGAGCUUUGGCUAUGGGGCGGUAUACAAAUACAAUAAAUAAAUACAAUAAAUAAAUAAAUACUAAAUCCCAUCUUCUAGACAGUAAAUGAGUGUUAAAUAUCUUAAGAUGGUGCCAGCCUGCCAAGAAGAGUUUAAAAUGGCUUCUAGGGAAA